AUGAGUACGUAUGGGACGCCUUCCAAGGUCUUUUCUACGCCUCAAAAAAGCGUAACUGCAGUACAAUUAGCGUCACUUCGUGAGAAAGUGGUCAAGGAAUCACCAGCUCUGUAUAAGAAUAAGGUGCUAUCGAGUCCAUUGGGCAGCGUGGGGUUGCAACAGCCUAGUGCAUUUGGCAGAAGCGGGACACCAGCUCUCUCUCCUGCGGUUCCGCAGACAGCAACAAUUCCAGCUGCUAACGCAGCUGCUACUGAAACCGUGUCGCCAUUGGACCACGCUGAGGAUUCCGACUUAUACCAACAACAAAUGCGACUUGGUAAAUUCGAAAACCCUGUACUCGACUCAUUUUCGUCCAGAAUAGUCAAUAAAGAACUCGAAAGUCGCAGGAUCAUCUAUAACGCGAUUGGACUUUUGGUAUGGAACCUCGCACUCAAGUAUUACCAACUUUUCCUGUAUCGUACCGACACAGGGGGCUAUAUCAUGCACCGAAUAGAAUCGUUUUGCACUCGACAUGCAACGGUCCGUAUCGGGCCCCAGAUUAACCUCAAUACUACCGAAUGGCUUGCGUAUGUGACUCUGGACAACGUGUCACACUUGCUACGUCUCGUCAUGCUCUUCAAUAUCGUUGUGUCGCUCUGGAAAUUGUUGAUCAAAGCUCAAAGCAUCAAGAUCGACGAUUUGCAUUUGAAUCAAAAACAGAAACAAUUACUCGGGCUCAUCGACACGCCUUCCAAUUCCAAAAUACUGCCCAGGGUAAUGCUUUCCAGCUCUGAGUCGAGGCCCGUGCCAGAGUUGCUCGAAGUUAAAAAACCACCUGCACAUCCAUUUUUGUUCAAAUCUCUGCGCACGCCUUUAAAGGCUAGAAAUUCGCUUGUCAACAACGAUAAACAGUCCGCUAGUGCGUUUGUGGAUAAAGUUAACGCUUUUGGAAACCUUCAGCGGGCAUCGGACGCGCAGACUUCCACACCUGUACCUGUCACGAGUGCCGCCACUGUUCCGGUCACGGCACCCGUGAAUCGGUCAGGCUACAUUCCGAGCAGUAAAUACUUGUAUAUGAUGGACUCUCCUAGUCCUCGUAAAAGAAUGUGA